AUAACGGAUUCAUGUCGGCAUCGUGAUCAUAUUCUGAUCGCGCGUACAAAUUUUUUUUUUUUUGGGUAAUAAAUAAAAAAAAAAGCAAAAAACUGUGUGUGUCCUGAAGGCUGAACUGUCCUCAACACCACCAGGAAAUAAUAAAAAAAAAAAAGGAAGCAGUCUGUUUGUGUAGUGAAGCAUCGUUUGACUUUUGGCACUUUUGGCAUUGUUUUGUUGAGUCAAGAUAAAAGAAAAAAAAAAAAAGAAAAAUACUUGAUAUCAAACAACUUUGUCUGGGGGUUAGGAGUGAUUGAAUUAAAUUUUUUUUUGUAGUAAGUAUAUUGAGUAUAUAUUUAAUAAAUUAAUAAUGGAGCAUGUUGGUGAUGGUGAUGGUGGUGGUGAUCGUCGUGGUUCAUCUGGACGUGGACGUGGACGCGUUGGUUGGCCAAAUGAUCAACAUCAACAAUUGCGACGCCCUCUCAAUACCUCUGUCAAUCAACAAACUGCAGCUGUUAACGAAAUGAACGAAAUGUUUAGUGGUGUUGCAAUGAAUGAUGGUGCCAAAAAAUUUGAGCUAUCAGCAGAAGCUGCUGAAUUUGUACCAAGAAGUUUUGUACCUUCUCAAGGAGUUCAACAACAACAAAAACAAAGUUGGCAGAGAAGUUCUGUCCAGGAACGUUUAAAUGUUUCAAGAAAUCAAGGACAGCAACAUUAUGGUAAUCAUCAACAACAACAACAAUAUCCAUAUCAUGUUCAACAACAGAUGCAGUAUCAUCAUUAUGGAGAUUCUGAUAAUGCAUCACAAUCAUAUCAACGCUAUGAGGGUGGCUAUGAUAAAAAUCAGGGAAAUCGUAAUUCUCAAAAUAAUCGUGGUGAAAUGGAUUUACCAAAUCUUAUGGCACAAUUAACAACAGCAAUGAAUACAUUAACAAGAAAUCCAGAUCAAUUUGAGAAUUUAGUUGUGCCACUUGUUUGUAACAUAGCACCACAUUUAAAAGUACAAGCAAGUACUAUUGAAAUAAUUGAUGCAAUCAUGCAAAAAUGUAUUCUUGAUUCAAAUUUCCGAUACAGUGGUGCACGUUUAUGCUGUCAUUUGGAUGCAGCUGAUCAAUCUGAUAAUCAUUCAACAUUCAGAACUGCAUUAUUUGAACGUUGUAAAGAAGAACAAGAAAUUCAAAAAAAAGUAUGGCCAAGUUUAACUGAACAUACACCAGAUGAUGAAAAAAAAUGUCAUGGUUUAAUAAUGACACUUGCUGAAUUGGUUGCUCAAAUGGAUUCAACUGGAUCUGGCUCAGCAUUGGGAAAAUUAUUGUUAGAAUUAAUAUCAAUAACUUUAAAAAAUCCAGGACCAAAUUCAGCUAAACUUAUUUGUCAAUCGCUCAAGUUGGCUGGACAAUUUUUGGAACGUGACAGUACAACAAAUCGUCAAGAAAUUGAAAGAGUUAUGCAUGAAUUAACUGAAUUGGUAACAAAUGGACGUGUUGAUGUUCAUGUUGGUAGAAUGGUAAACAGUGUAUGUGAAUUACGUACAUCAAAUUGGGGAAGAAUUGUAUCAUCACAUGGUCCAACACCAGUUGAUAUUAAUCAAACAAAUACACAAAAUCAAGAUAAUCAAAAUAAUCAACAAUUUGAUGAACCAGUUUUCUAUGGACCAGAUGGAAUGGUAUUAUCAGCUGAAGAACGUCGUUUUUGUCAAGAUUUAGCAAAUAUGGAUGGUGAUGAUGGAGUUGUAUAUGGUGAUAUGAUGGCUGGACAACUUGAUGAAGAUGAAGAGGAUGACAUGAUUGCUGCUGCUUAUGAGGAAUUUUUAAAAAUGCCACCAAAUAAUAAAGCAGCGUAAAUAUGACUUAAUAAUAGUCUUCAAAUUAAUAAACAAAAAAUAAUAAGAAAUAAAGGAAAUCAAUUAAUGGAAAAUUCAGUAAAACAACGUAAAUCAUUGAUACAUUUUUUAUGAGUUGUGGCUUCUAAUACGCCAAGCAUUUAAUUAAAAAAAAAAUAUACAAUAUAUAUAUUUUUUUUUUUCGUUUUAAAAUACAUUUCUCCAGUUAUAAAUUUAAAUUAUUAAUACAAUAUAAAUCAUUAUUCAAUGGAGAUGCUAAAAAUUAUAUUAAACAAAUCAAUUGAUUUAAUGUCACGUGUUAAACGACACUCUUCCACAUUAAAUAAAAUAAUUUUUAAAACCACAGCCACAAAUGAAUGCUUUAUCUUUGAUAUUUUAUAAUCAAAGAUUAAUUUGUGCAAAAAAAAAAAAAAUAAUAUACAAUAGGAUAAGUUUUUUUUUUUAUAUUAUUAUAAUUAUUAUUAUGAAAAAUGAAAAAUAUUUCUACAUGGUUACUUUUGCACCUAGUCGA